GACACAUUACAUGUCUCUCGUCUUUCUACGUCGUGGGAUCACCACAUUUAUGUCUUCACUAACACGCAGGCCAGAAGCGCCGAGCCACGCACUCAGCAAUUACUUCUGCGCCUCUAGGUGAUUGCGGAAGACACUAUGUUGGUGGCGGGCGCCAUUCUCGCUCUUAUAUUGACGGCUACAAUUUUCCUGCUCAGGUGGCGACGGCAUCACUUCUCCUACUUCAAGGAGCUCGGUAUACCAGGCCCAAAGCCAAACCUCAUUUGGGGUAACCUCCGAGAGUACCAAUCGAUGCCACACUAUAAGGUCCUGGAGAAAUGGUUCCAACAGUACGGCGACGUGUUCGGGUACUACAAUGGCGACGUGCCAUUUGUGGCGCUGAAAGAUCUGGGCUUCGUCGAAUACAUCUGUGUCCGGAACUUCCAGAAUUUCGUUAACCGUGGUGUCGUUAUGGCAACAGAGGAGAGGCACCCAGUCUUGGGCCGAUCCAUCAUGCACGCCAGAUCAGUUGGUUGGAAAAGUAUACGGAAAGCCGUUUCCUACGGUUUCUCUUCAGCCAAGCUUAAGCUUAUGAUGCCCAGCAUUAAGGAAAAGGCCGACAUGUUUUUCGAGUUAUUGGCCAAGCACGUUGAUACGGGCGAAGAAGUGAACAUGAUGACAAAGUACGAAGAGCUCUCGAUGGAGUAUGUCACCCGGGGUCUGUACGGGCUGAACGAGUCCUUCCUAGGAAAGCCCAAUCAUCAUCUUACAGUCAUCGCCAAGGCAGUAUUCAGGAGCCUUAUGAAGGGAGCCCUGCACGUGAUCGCCCAGAGCACCACGAUGUUCGGCUCGCUCAUGAAGCCUUUCUACUUCCUCAUUCACGCUGCUGGAAAAUUCAGGCUUCAAGCGCUGUCGGAUGAAACGGAGAAAAUAGUGAACAUCAGGAGAAAAGACCCUUCGUACAGAAGACUGGACAUGCUGCAAAACCUUCUUGACGCCGAGUACAGUGAAGAGCCGAUGGUGUCCUCAAGCACACCCGUGCCAAACGGUGGAUUCGAAACGCGGCCGUUGACUACGCAAGAAGUGGUUGUCAACGCUGCCACACUAUUUGUUGCAGGGUUCGAAACAAUGGCUACGUCACUAAGCUACGUGACCUUUGUUUUGGCAAAGUAUCCACACAUUCAGGAGAAAAUCAGAAAAGAAGUCUCCGACACCAUCUCUGCUUCGGGUUCGCUGGAUUAUGAGGUAGUAACGAAAAAGCUAGACUACCUCAGUCAAGUAAUCGAUGAAACGCUUCGUCGCUUCCCACCAGCUCUAACAUCCAUCACAAGGGAAGCGAAAGAGGACUUCGUCUACAAUGGUACAAAAUUCAAAGCCGGUACUUGCUUCAUGAUUGCGCAGUACCAUCUUCAGAUGGACCCACGUUUCUGGCCGUGUCCGGACGAAAUUGAUCCCGAAAGGUUCUCUCCGGAAAACUCGUCGGCACUGAACAAGUGCGCGCACGUGCCUUUUGGAAUCGGGCCUCGGAACUGCGUCGGCAUGAGGCUGGCACUGCUCCAACUCAAGUACACCGUAGCCAGGCUUGUGCAGAAGUAUCGGCUCGAGCUUGGAGGGUCGCAAGAGGGCACCAUGGAUAUGGAGGCGUACUGUUUUCUCUCUGCGCCAUCCAGAGGCCCGUGGAUUGUACUUCACAAGUUAUAAGGCGGCACUGAUGUCGACAAAAUUAUAGCUUUAUCAAACCACGAUAUGUCGCAUCAGUAUGUCAUAAACCAAUUUGGCAAACUGCAGUGCACGUUUGGACAACUUUCAAGAAAAACCGAUAGGGUUGUUAGGCCAUCUGUCUGUCGAGAUUUUAAGUGAGCCGAUCACGGAUGCCAACUAAUCGCGAAAUCAAGCUUCUAUCGAACAUCGACAUUAAUUAUGGUCUACUUUAAGCAAAGCCAGUUUCAUUAUAUCUACGAGAACUCUAUGGCACGUGAAAAUUAUAAAAAAAACACUGUCAUUUAUUAAACAUAAGUUCACAUUGUAGGGCAAUAGUGUGUCCUUUCUUUUAUAUAACGAAAUCAAUAACAGAAUGUUUGCAAUUUACCAUUGAUUGCAAAGUGUGCGUUUGCUGUAGAUGAACAC